AGGAGCUCUGUCUGAACGUUACGACGACUGCAAAAGUUGCUUUUAAGUACUUUUUUCAAGAGAGAGAAGAUGCGGAAGAGGGAUUUGUAGUUUUCUUUUUCAUUUCAUUGUAAAACACUGUGUUUUCAGUAUGUAAGUAUGCUGCCUGUGUGAGUGAGUGCCUGAGGUAACAGAGCAGCGUCCGCUUCUAACCCUCAGAAACCGGGGGGCCAUUAUUUCUUCGGGCAUGUUCUCCGUUUCUAAUGUCAGUGAAGUGCUUGUGGUCCUAGAGUGAAGCAAUCGUGUUGGUAGAACUCUACACAAGAAUGCAGACAUUUUCCUUCUUUUUUCUGAACAGACAUUAACAGAAGCAAAGCUGCUGCUGUUAACACAACAGUAAAGUUAUGGCUAACUGGUUCCUGUCUAAAUGGACAAUCUGGCUGCUGGUUCCACUAGUCUUGGACUAUGCUGUCGUUGCCCAAAAUCUGAAGUCCACAAGAGGUCCUCUGCACCCUAAUAAGCCUUUGCUCCUAGCCUGGAAUGCCCCCACAGAGGACUGUGGACGCCACCAUGGCAUUCGCCUCCAGCUGGAUAUGUUCCAGAUUGUGGCUUCACGUAAUGAGGGUUACACCAGACAGAACCUCACCAUCUUCUACAGAGACCAUCUGGGCCUAUACCCAUAUUUUGAAUCAGGCACUCCAGUUAACGGUGGACUGCCUCAAAUUGCCAGCCUGACGCAUCACCUCAAGAAGAUGCCUGAAGGCAUUGGAAAGUACAUUCAUGACAGAAACGCGCAGGGCCUUGCUGUCAUAGACUGGGAGGACUGGCAACCUCUUUGGAUACGGAACUUGGAUGCCAAGAACAUCUACAGGAACCAGUCACAGGUCCUUGUGUUCAAAAAGAAUCCAAUCUGGGAGCAAAGCCGUGUCAUCAAAGUGGCCCAGCAGGAGUUUGAGAUGUCAGGCCGUAGGUUCAUGCAGGAAACUCUGCGGCUGGCCAAAAGCUUGCGGCCAAACCAGCUCUGGGGUUUCUACCUGUUUCCUGACUGUUACAACAAUUACCGCAAGAACCUGGAGUACUACACAGGCCGCUGUCCAGACCCAGAGAUGGCCCGGAACGACCAGCUGAAGUGGCUGUGGACUGAAAGCACAGCCCUCUUUCCUUCCAUCUACAUAGGGUCAGAGCUGCGUUCAACACCCUUUGCUCGCCAGUUUGUGAGGAACAGGGUGAAGGAAGGCAUGAGGUUGGCAUCAGUGGGAGAGGGACUGGCACGUCCGGUUUUUGUCUGUACCCGCCCCACGUAUGCCAAUGAGCUGGAGCUGCUUACUGAGACAGAACUUGUCUACACCAUCGGAGAAAGCGUGGCACUGGGGGCUGCCGGCAUCAUACUCUGGGGGGAUGCCAGUUAUGCCAGUAGCAAUGCCAGCUGUUUCAGUCUGAACCAGUAUCUGCGGGGGUCGCUGGGCCACUACCUCCUCAACGUGUCAACAGCAGCAGAGCAGUGCAGUAAAUAUGUGUGCAAUUCCCACGGCCGCUGCCUGCGCAGGAACCCAGACACUGACACCUAUCUACACCUGGACGCUCGAAGCCACACUCUGGUGACCCAGGGCAAUGGCCUGACAGUGACGGGGCAACCGGGGACUGAGGAGCUGCAGCGGAUGAGGGAGGACUUCAGGUGCCAGUGCUUUAGCAGCUACCAGGGGGAUAACUGCGAGCUGCAGGAUGCCCUAUAUCAGAAAGGAGGGGGACACAGACUGCAGGCACUGUUGGUGUACUGCUUGCUCCCACUGCUGCUCACUUUGCUGAGCUGAUCGACCCUCCUGCGUAAUGGUCAUUAGGGGUGUAGAAAUGCAUUGAUAUUUUAGAAUAGAUUGUAAGCGAUUUUUGGGGAAACUCUUCAGGCUAUUUUUAACACACAUAGUUUGGUUUAUUGUUUUUAAGUCUAGUGUCUACUACAGAGUAAAUAUUGUAAAUACUAUUGUGUAAAUGGCUCCACCGGGCACAUUUGUAUUUUUUGUGUAUUUAUUAAAUCAUUCUGAAUUGUCCUAAUUGGAAUCAAUCAGGGGGAAAUAUGAGAUUUAAUGAUGUUUUGAAAGAAUUGAAAUGUAAACGAAUCAUUGUGAGAUCACAGAUUUACACCCCCUAACGGACACUCACUUGCGUAGUGCUGAAGACAUUUAAUAGCAAUUGUUUUUAUGAUACUCGUGAAGCAUUACCCUGUUAUGCAGUGUGUGUUUGAAGAGUGCCCCUCUGCUGUAGAGCUGCUAAUGCCUCACGUUUUUAUGUGAUUGUCACUGUAAUUUAAUAACUUUGUUGUUAGUAUUUGGGGUAUUUCAGGAGUUGAAAUAUCAGUGCUGAAGUGUUACAUCAUACGAAUGUCAUUCUAAAGCACUGCAGUCUUAAACAAUAAGGUGCCAAAACGAGUUCCCUGUGGAAAUGCUGGAGAAGAACCCGGUUUUUAAAAAACCAUCCACCAAAAGGCUGUUUACCUAAGCAAAUGUGGUUCUUCUGUGCUUUAUUUUUGAGAUCCUGUGAUGUGGAAGGUGUUAUGGGUGCAGGCAUGUACAGGUUAUGUAAUGUGAAAGGGGCAUAAGUCAUCUUCCCAAGUGAGAGUGUUCCGAGAUGAAAUGCGAGGAUAUAAACACAGGAAACUCUUGAGUCCAAAUAAGCACUUUUGUUUAUUGUAGCAGAUAUGAAACCAAGGGCAGAUUACAGUCUUCAUCAGAUUGUAAUGACAGCCUUGCCCUGCAGUUACUGAUAGUCCUACUAAUAAGUGAUGGAUUUUCAUCGUUGUGGGGUAGUUUUUGUUUUCUGAUGCUGGGAAACGUUUGAAGAAAUGAAACACACACAAAGACACUUUAUAAUUUUGUGUUGCUGUAAGGUGGUGAGUCGGUUACUGAAAGACUACUAAGGGAUUAUAAUUUGCUGUCAUAUAGUCCUGAUUCAGACAAUAUUUUUAGGUUUACAUUCUCUUUCAUGUCUACGCACAAGACACGCUGUAUGUGUUAUGCAAUAUCUGAUGCUGUGUUUGUGUUUUCCAUUGCUUUUAUCUUGGAGAAUAUCAGUUGACCGAACUGCUGUAUGUGUGAGUGUGUAUAAGUUGGGCACAUCUGGACUGCAGAGGAUUUACUGCAUUCUGUUUGUUAUUUAAGGAGCCCGUAUCAUGAAAAAAAUGAAUUCAUAUCACUUUUGCAAAAGUUUGAUGUAGUAUGAAAAAAACGCCGUCCAUAUAAACAUAGCAGGCUGCAAAAACAGCCCAUUUUAAUUUCAUUGUUUUUGCGAGGUCACAAAAGCAAAGUCAUUUGCAUAUAUCUACUUCUUUGUUUAGAGCAGUUUAGCUCCGCCCAUUCACACUGAAGUUAUAAGGAGUGUUUCGGCCCAGGCUGCGUUUUAAAUGAGGCCAAUCAGAAUAGAGUUUAUUUAUGUAUAUCAGUCUUAAAGGCACAGCAACAAAAACAGAGGUUGGAAAAUGGUCCAAAAUAAUGACUGUAUUUGGGACAUAAACCCACACAAGUGCCAUAAGCAGACCUCAGGUAGAAAAAAUCGAAUAGAGGAAGAAGUCUAUGAUAUGGGCCCUUUAAUAAAUGAUUCCAAGACAGCAGCUAAACAUUACAUGGAGGACCACUGGCUAUUUGAAGCCAACCGUCCCUAAAACUAAAGGAUUCUCCUUACUAUGUGUGUGUGGUAGUAUCCACAACAGCUGUUGAUAUAAUUAACACAAUGGGACAGCGUGUAUUUUUGCUAUUUUUUGUAUAAAUACAAGUGCAGUCACUGAACUAAUAUGGUGAAGCUACAUAAAGAGAAGUGCUUACACAUUGUUUGAAACUGCACUACUUGGACCUGCUUUUCAAAGGGCCACUGUCUGUAGCAGCCAAGCCACAAUUACAGGCCUUCAUAUGCCAAAGAGUUAUAUUUGUGUCCUCUAGCUGAUCUCAUUGGGAGUUUUCUCUCUAGGGACCAAACUGCACUGGAGCAGCAAAAUGACAGAAAGAAAUAGGCUGAGCUCACCAGUAUGCAAGAUAUAUUAUAUUAUAAUAUAAUAUAAUAUAUUAUAUUUUUGGAACACAAACCACAACUGUAGCUUCAGUAAGUUCUUUUACAUAUCGCUGCCAUCAGAACAAAACCUUGUAUCUUGAUUUUUGUUGUUCAGGUUUUGACAUAAUUUGAAGAUACCUGUUGCCCUUUAUAUUGUGUGUAAAUUUUAUGAAGAAUGGAUCAAAAGAAACGGCCUAAAAUGACUUGGAAAUAUGUCUGGUUCCAUUGACUUACAUUAGGAGUGACGCCGUUUUUUUCCGUCUCCUGUGAAGUUAGCGUUUUUGAGAUACAGUUUUAUUCCAAAAGUGGAAAAAAGAAAAAAAAAAAAAUAUAUAUAUAUUUUAAUGAUGAAUGAACCAAAGAAACAACCCAAAAUUACUUGGAAAAAAGUUUCAUUGACUUACUUUAAGAGUAAAGAGUAAUUCUUAAAUUAAAAAGAGUAAUUUUUUUCCUUCUGUCCUAUUUUUGGGACAGUUAUACAAAAUUUUCUUCUGACAGUAGAGAUAUAUUUCUAAGCAUAAUUCAGUUGUUGAAAUGAAAACAGCCAUUCAGAGUGGUUUGAUGUAAAAUGGUUAUAAUUGUAGAGAAAUUUACAUUUCUUUUUAUAGUUGUGGUUAUGAUGUCUAGAUGUCUAGAACACGAAUCUCUAGUGUGCAAAAUCACUCGAGCUACUGUCUCCGGUAUUGGGUAAUAUUCUUAACCAUUUCCUGUAGCAACUUUCUGUGACUUUUAAAGACAUUAUCCUCUUCAGACGUCUGGUUCCUAUCACCACCACUGUGAACGAUUCUUGAAGUUUCCCUAAAAGAGAGCUCACACCAAACCACCCUGAAUGACUUUGUUUACUUCUUAACCGUUUCAUUGUACAUUUAUUCCCUUUUAAGUGCAGUGCUUAUUAGCAGUGCUUAUGUAAAGGUUUUACUUCAAAGGAAUAAUGAGUCAUGUAGAUGUUGUCAAAGAGUAAAAGAGCAUUUACUCCUCAAGCA